CAGAAAGAGUAUUUAAUGUUCGGUUACCUUAAGAUAAGGUUAAUUUCCUGGUAGUCUAUCAGUAAGCCUGCCUUAGUAAACCAUUUAGUUAACUGCUCUCCGUCAAUCAAUGCGGUCUGUCUACGCUCUAGCAUUAUGAAUUCAAGAAGCAAAAGCAUAACCCUGUAUUCUGGGUCAGAUAAGGACAGAUCCUCUUUGAAGGCCAGCUGUUUUGACUGUAAUGGACUGGACGAUAGAAUUGAUACCAGAAUGCUCGAACUUGAAUUAAAGUUGCGAAAGGCUGAAAUGGAUUUGGAAAUUUCCAACGAAAGAAUUGCAAUGUUCGAUGAGAAAAUUAAGGACAAAAACGAAGUAAUCGAAGUUCUAAAAGUGUCCAACAAUCUCAAUAAAUCGGAUUACAAAGAUAAGAUUGAUUCGCAGGCAAACAGAAUUAGAGAUUUGGAGGAGGAGCUGGCCAAACUGAAUCAAGAAAAGUUAACCAAUGGGGAGGAAAACGAAAAAUCUGUCAAUGAUAACGCAAUAGUGAAAAAACUACAAUCCACAAUUCGUUCUAUGAAGCAAGCUGAAAACGAAAGUAAAACACUUAUAAAUACGCUUGAAACUCAGUUAAAAUUUAAAGAGGAGCGAGAAAAAUACCUUGUUUUUGUAUUAAACUAUCAUCAAAGCGAGAUCGCUAAAGUGCAAGAGCAAAAUCGUGAUCUUAAAGAUUCUCUGGAGGAUCAGAUAAAGGAGAAAAGUGUUAAAGAAAAACAAAACAACAAUGGCAUUGCUGCUUUAAAGGAAGAAAUCAAAAAGAAAAUUGAAACAGAGAGGGAAAAUAAUGAACUUAUAGCUAAUCUGAAGAAUCAGCUAAAACAGAAAACUGAAAAAAUGGAAGAAAAUAAAGAUCUCGUAGCUUCUCUCAAAGCUCAGUUAAGUAAGAAGAAAAUAAAUGAAAAUAAAAAUAAAAGCCUUAUAGAUUCCCUAAACAGUCUGAUAGUUAAGAAAAAUGAAGAAGAUAUCGAAAACAAAAGUGUUAUAGCUUCUCUCAAGAAUCAGAUAAAUCAGAAAAAUGAAAAACAAAAAGAUUUAAAAGAUCAAAUUGAUUCCCUCAAGACUCAGAUAAAGGAGAAAGAUCAAAUCGAUAUGGAAAAAGAGGAACUUGUGGCAUCACUUAAGGCUCAGAUAGUGGAGAAAGAGCAUCAUACAACCCUUUUAGAGUUGGAUCUGAAUUUGAAGACGUUGAAAGUCAAGGAAAAAGAUGAACUUUUGAAUGAACUGAUUGGCAAUGUAAUCGAUCAACCUCUUCCUCAGGGGAUAUAAAAAAUAAGCAAGAAAUCAGGAUACAAAUUAUAAACUUUUUUUAAGUUUCAUACUAAUACUCUAUACUCACGAUUCUAAGAAAAAUGUAAUUAAAGUCAAAUAUUUUAUAUUUAAAAGUGCAAUAAAUAAAAAUUGAAUUACCUGAAUAUUUAAUAUCGUAAUUCGGAGACGCUGCUUAAAUUCGUCUCGUACCUCA